GUCCUGCGCAACGGAAAAAUCCCAAGGCGUCGUCGAAGUCCUUGCACCACGUCGUUCGUGUUCACAUUCAAAUUGACCAUGCAGCCGACAGAUCUCUUUGCGUCAUGCGUCUUCAACGACUGCCUGCGCGUCGUGCCACCAGGAGCAACCAAGUGCGACUUCCACAAGGACAAGAAGCAGUGCGUCGUGUCCGAGUGCUUCAACCAGGUGGUCGCCAGAGGACGGUGUUCCAAGCAUGGAGGCCGGCCGCGGUGCGCCCAUGACACGUGCAUGCUGCCAGCGAAAGGCGGCGAGUUUUGUCUACGCCACGGUGGAGUCUCCAGUCGGCAGCUGUGUCGCAUGGCUGGAUGCAGCAAACAAGCACACGCCAAGCAACUCUGCGUGAAGCACGGCGGCGGAAGCAAGUGCUUCUUCCCGGGGUGCUCCAGGCAUUCACGCAAAGCUGGCCUGUGCCAUCGACACCGACGGCUGGACACGUUCUGUGGCCUCGACGAUGACCACAUCCAGAUGCACUUCGACAUGGUGUGUGCCAAGGCUUUUGAGGUAACGUGGUAGAAGGCUUCAUAAUUUAACGAUGCGAUUUAUUUCUUCGUCAC